AUGGACGGAGCAAUCGAGGAGCCUCUCCACAAGGACUAUUACAAAGUUCUGGAGGUCGAUUACGAUGCAUCUGACGACAACAUCAAACUGAGUUAUAGAAGAUUAGCGCUGAAGUGGCACCCCGACAAGCAUAAGGGCGAGGAUGAUGUCACAGCUAAAUUUCAGGAGAUCAACGAGGCUUACAAAAUUUUAAGUGAUCCAGUUACACGGCUUGAGUACGACUUUUCUGGCUGUUACGAGGUCAAUCAAUAUACUGCACGUGAGUACCUUUCAAGAUUUAAGGGAAUGAUACUUACCUGCAAUGGCCUUGGCAUAGAGCAUUCUUCAAAAUGGGCACGACAUUUGAGGGAAUGGGAGCCCCAUUGA